CCCUGACGAUGCUAAAAGAAAAGUUGCUUCUCAAAAGUCAAUAAUGUGAACCACCUUCUCUGCUCCCCCCGUCUUCUCUCUCCCUCCCCCUUCCUCAUUCACUCCAUUUGUCUCCCCAUCCCUCCCCCAAUGUCUCUCUCUCUCUUUCUCUCUCUCUCUCUCUCUGAACGUCAAAGCGCACUAUAUAAAACCUCCCUCCACACUGACAUUCAGAUGUACAAACACAUCGGUUGUCGUCACAGCGCCACCAAACCUUGCAUCCAAAAUCCCUCCAUCAGACACUUGAAGCGUUUUAACGGCAGACAUCUGACCCCCCUGAUCGAGCCCGAGAAGAUUCAUCUCUGCUCUCUCGCCUUAGGACCACCUCUCCUCACUCUAUAUUUCUCCUACAAGUUCUGCAGCUGAUCCCGGCUCAGUCAGAGGGAAACAUUUUGUUGCGGCUGAGAAGAAAGAUCAGGGACAGUUUGACAUGAGGGGGGACGCUCCACAAAGAGGUAUGAAGAUCACAUUCCUGUGGGCUGCUGCUCUGCUGCUAUCAGUCAUCUCCCUGGUGACCAGUGCUGAUUCACCAAGUUCAGGAAAUUCUGACUUGAGAGAAAGCUCUAAAUCCAAAGUAAAGACCUACUGGACUGAAGGCAGCAAGGCCGUCUCCAUCAGCCGUCUGCUCUCCCAGACCCUCUAUGGCAAAGAGAACUUCACCUCUCUGGAUCUGAACUAUGAUGAGGCAGACUCGUUCUCUAAACAGGAGCAGUGGAACUGGCUUUACAACAUUUCAAACCCCCGGGACCCUCGAUCCAGGACAAAAAGGAGGCCCAUCGUCAAGACCGGCAAAUUCAAGAAGAUGUUUGGUUGGGGUGACUUCCAUUCCAACAUCAAGACGGUGAAGCUCAACCUUCUCAUCACCGGUAAAAUCGUGGAUCACGGUAACGGGACAUUCAGUGUCUACUUCCGCCACAAUUCGACGGGUCAGGGCAACGUGUCUGUGGGACUGGUUCCACCGACCAAAGCUGUGGAGUUCCAGGUCCACCAGCAGCACCAGCAGUUCCACCACCAUCACCAGCAGCAGCAGCAGCAGCAGACGGCUCUGGAGACCAAGGACAACAAGCUGUUCAACUGCAGGGUGGAGUACGAGAAAGUUGAAAAGGGUACCAGGAACUCACUGUGUGCCCACGACCCCUCGCAGAGCUGUCCGCAGGAGCAGACCCAAAGCCACGUGUCCUGGCUGUGCUCCAAGCCCUUUAAAGUCAUCUGCAUCUUCAUCAACUUCUACAGCACCGACUACAAGCUGGUGCAGAAGGUGUGUCCAGAUUACAACUACCACAGUGACACCCCUUACCUCCCCACCGGGUGAUCACAGAACCAGACGAGGACAAAAAAAGAAGAAGAAGAAAAAGACGCAAAGAUAGGCUGUCGGGUCAGAUUAUUGGAAUGAAAAUGAGCCAAGACGCUACAAACUUGAGACGCUGACAGGCAUUAUUACAGCUAACAUAUCUUUGACGCAAGACUGAUCUUGCUCCAAUGAAAAGACCAACCCCGAGUUCCUUAUGAGAGCAUUUAGGGAAGCAUUUAUAGGCUUGCGAUACUCAUAUUAUAUGCAUAGCUGCUUACAUUGAAAGAAAAUUCUCAAGCCAACUGUAAAAAUAUGCUGAUUGUAUUUAUGUAAAUAUUUGUGGGUUUCACACAAAGACCAGAAAACAAUUUAUUAAUGUUUUCUUCUGCUAAUUUAGUUGUUUAUGUUGAUAGUAUAUUUCCGUCUCAAUCAUGCUUUCUGUCAUUUCCAAUCAGUCUGUGGUAAUCAUUGCAAACACGUAAAUGACAAUGCAAAUAAGAAGAAUCAGUUAGUAUGCAUUGGAGGGCAAACAUGUUUUGAGUUGUUGUCUGCAGUGUGAUUGUUAGAGUGAAUAUACCUUUCUGAUAUUGUUGUUGGAAUCUCUUCCACGCUUAUGCAUGAAGCGAAUAUGGUAAACAACUGAAUAACGUCCAUCUAUCUAUAUUUUCAUGUUAUUGCAGCUGUCAGAAGCAAUCUUCAUCAAGUCACGGGGGAUAAAGAAAAAAAAAGUACUUAUAUUUCUAUUUUGUGUUAUGUGUUAGCGGUUUUAAGGACACAGUAAAUGACACUAUUGGGAAGCUCCAAUCAGAUCAAACAUGCGAACAAGUAAAUGUCGUAAUAAAUAAAUAAAACUUGCAGAAGACACAUAAGAAAAACGAAAUACAGAAGAUCAUUUUCUGCACUGCUGCUUAAAAAAACAAAAACAUAACUGUGCUCCUGUUUUCUCAGUCCCAGAUUUCCAUUUUAUACAUUGCUCCUAUUUUUGUGGCUUACAACAAGUCCAGUAUAGUAAAGUUAAACUCCUGCAUCAUUCAUAUGACAUCAGCCAGUAGUAAGAGGUGUCAGAGCCAAAGCGCCCCUGCAGUAUCCAAAAAUAAUUGUACACAGUAAUCAUUUAUAUAAAAAAUGCUAAAUGAUGAGAAAUAAACAAGAUGGACGGUGUUUCAAAGUGUUUAAAAAAUAGUGGUUGAAAAAGCAGAAGACAUGGAAGUUUGUCUAACAAAGGCUGAAACAGAACAAAUGGUGUGUUAAAAUGUGAGAUGUGGUAAAAUGUGGUUUCUUCCUCCAGAGGAGACAGGACAUACAUUAAACAGCAGGUGCUAAUCACACAUUCAACCAAUCAAACGUUCGCACCUCUGGUUAUCAAAAAAAAAUCUGGAUGAGACUAACACUGACUGUUAAUGAUAUUGGAUGUUCCAAUUGGCUAUUAAACCUUCAUUACAAAAACUGGGAGCCACCGGCUCCACGUGAAGCUUUUAGAGAAAAUGAACACAAUGUAAGUGGAAGCUCUGCAGAGUCAACACAAUAGAAAGAAUGAAUUAAAAUGCUGAUUGAAAACCUGUAAAGAAAAAAAAAAGCACAAAUGUGCACCUAGGGGCGCAAUCACUGCUGUCUAUUUAAAUUCAGUGCUCUUUCACGAUGUAGGCUAUGGUAUACGCAACACAGUAACUGCUAAUGGCAGCCUGGACGACAUCCAAUAUGCCAACAUGGGGUGUAUUUUCUGACAAGGCAGGCCAAAGAAUAGGGGUCUGCCUGUGGGAUGAGUGAGCAUAAAGAGGAAUUUAUGAUGUGGAGGAACAAGGCUGGCAGAAAUCACUGGAAGCACCUGACUCGUAAAUUGAGAGCAUGUUUCUGUCAUCGAGAAGAAGGAAUGACUAAUGUCUCAGAUUGCUGUUUGGGCCAGUUCUUUCAUCUCAAUAAAGUGACUUUAAUAUCUCUCCACCCCUAGCCAAAUGUGCCAGGGACAGUUUGUUCAGCUUUAACAAAUUAAAGCAGCACUUUGCAAAGACAAUGCUGCCUCAUUAUGCACAUAAUCUUAAAAGUGCAAACAGUCUGGCAAAAACGUGUUUGGGUGUGAGAGCUACUGAGAGAUGGAUCUGUUCCCUGACUCAAGUUGCCUGAGGGUAAAUACAACAUACUAUGUAGUAAUGUGUACUGUUUGAAGCCCAAUUAAUAAGGUACAUAUGUAUUCACAAACAUAACCUAAAGCUGCACUAAUCAAUAUUUCAACAAUAGAUCAAAUGACCAUGUCUAAUGUGAAAUAUGUGACAAACUGACAGAAAGUUACCACCUGAGUGUGCAGAGCGUUCUAACAUCUUUCAGCUUAUUGUUUUGUUUUUUUACGGCCAACAACUUCACCGUUUUGAUUCACUCUCACUGCUCACAUCAACAUUGUUUCAAUCAGCAGGCAGGUUUUUUUGUGUUUUUUU